AUGUCGCUGCCCUGGAAGCUACAGGAGACGUUUUCGCCCGAAGAAAUACAGUUUAUUGUGGAAAAUGAGCCCAUAAAGAUCUUCCCCAGGUUUACGACCAAGACGCCGGUACGAGACAACAGGCGUGGGACCUCGACUGGUCAGACUCGCUGGAAGCUGCUCACGGCCAAGGACGAGUCUUUGAACAACUUGGUGGCCAUACGAACGACAGAGGUCGCGCUGUGGAUCGCGCUGCUUUUGAAGCAGCAAGGCAAGUGUAGCAUUGUAGCGCCCGGAUGGCUGCGAUUGUCGCAGCUGCAGAAAUACAUCGACUACGAGCUAAAAAACACGGGCCGUUUUAGCGAGCUGCCGUGGAAUUGGCUGGUGGUGGCACGAUUGCUGUUUUCCAAGGCAGCAGACGACCUGCACGAUCCGGUGCAUCUUUUGCGCGAGAAAGUGCAGGAUCUACGUGAAAUACGACUGGGAAAGAUCGGCCAAGGUCUGAAACACCUGAACGAAUCGCAUCUGCAGCUCGACAACCUGAGUUUGCUGGAGAUCAACGAGCUGCGCCCUUUCGUGCUGGGGGUGAUGAACAAGCUAAAAGACGUCCACAGCAGCAUUUCCGAAGAGCAAGAAGAGGAGUAG